AUGAAUAAAUAUUAGUCCUUGUAAAAAUAUUUCCCAUAUUAAUAGUUCUAAUCCUGCUUAUGAACCAAUUCAAACACCAGCAACAACGUAUUUUUAGACUCAUAUUUUAGAAAAUACGAUGUAGUUUUUUCAUCUUAGAUCUAAAACACUAAUUCCAAUGAAAAUAUCGAUUAACUAAAAUAAGAAUCUAAUCAAAAUAAUGCCAUAAGAUAAAGUGCUUAAUUUGGUAAUGAAGUUAGACAUAGUGCCAGAAGUUCAUUAAGUGAAAAGGAAUUGAGAGACAUUGUAAAACAUAAACGAUAUGUCGCUUGUCAAAUAUUUUGA